CGGGGCUGCUACCUCCCUGGGCGCGCCCUGGCUGGAGGGGCGCAGUCUGCGUGCAGGCAGGCGGUCGCCAGCGCUCCAGCUGCGGCUGUAGGCUUUCCAAUUCUGCCGGCUCGGCUAGGGCUGGGCUAGCCUGGGUGCCAGUGGCUGCUAGCGGCAGGCGUCCCCUGAGCAACAGGAGCCCAAAGAAAAAGAAGCAGCCCUGAGAGAGCGCCGGGAAAAGAGAGGCCCGCGCCCUCCCCUGGGGCCAGAUUCUGCGAGUGCACUAGGUGGGGAUGGUCAGCCGGCUAGGUAGCAAGCCUCUUAUGUGAGGAGCUGAAGAGGAAUUAAAAUAUACAGGAUGAAAAGAUGGCAACGUUGCCUCCCCCAGGACCUCAGAGCUUUGUCCACUUCACAAAACAGUCUCUUGCCCUCAUUGAACAACGCAUUGCUGAAAGAAAAUCAAAGGAACCCAAAGAAGAAAAGAAAGACGACGAUGAAGAAGCCCCAAAGCCAAGCAGCGACUUGGAAGCUGGCAAACAGCUGCCCUUCAUCUAUGGGGACAUUCCUCCCGGCAUGGUGUCAGAGCCCCUGGAGGACCUGGACCCCUACUAUGCAGACAAAAAAACUUUCAUAGUAUUGAACAAAGGGAAAACAAUCUUCCGUUUCAAUGCCACACCUGCUUUAUAUAUGCUUUCUCCUUUCAGUCCUCUAAGAAGACUAUCUAUUAAGAUUUUAGUACACUCCUUAUUUAGCAUGCUCAUCAUGUGCACUAUUCUGACAAACUGCAUAUUUAUGACCUUGAGUAACCCACCGGACUGGACCAAAAAUGUCGAGUACACUUUUACUGGAAUAUAUACUUUUGAAUCACUUGUAAAAAUCCUUGCAAGAGGCUUCUGUGUAGGAGAAUUCACUUUUCUUCGUGACCCGUGGAACUGGCUGGAUUUUGUCGUCAUUGUUUUUGCGUAUUUAACAGAAUUUGUAAACCUAGGCAAUGUUUCAGCUCUUCGAACUUUCAGAGUAUUGAGAGCUUUGAAAACUAUUUCUGUAAUCCCAGGCCUGAAGACAAUUGUGGGGGCUUUGAUCCAGUCAGUGAAGAAGCUUUCUGAUGUCAUGAUCCUGACUGUGUUCUGUCUGAGUGUGUUUGCACUAAUUGGACUACAGCUGUUCAUGGGAAACCUGAAGCAUAAAUGUGUUCAGAAUACACUUGAAAAUAAUGAAACAUUAGAAAGCAUAAUGAAUACCCUAGAGAGUGAAGAAGACUUUAGAAAAUAUUUUUAUUACUUGGAGGGAUCCAAAGAUGCUCUCCUUUGUGGUUUCAGCACAGAUUCGGGCCAAUGUCCAGAGGGGUACACCUGUAUGAAAAUUGGCAGAAACCCUGAUUAUGGCUACACGAGCUUUGACACUUUCAGCUGGGCCUUCUUAGCCUUGUUUAGGCUAAUGACCCAAGAUUACUGGGAAAACCUUUACCAACAGACGCUGCGUGCUGCUGGCAAAACCUACAUGAUCUUCUUUGUCGUAGUGAUUUUCCUGGGCUCCUUUUAUCUAAUAAACUUGAUCUUGGCUGUGGUUGCCAUGGCUUAUGAAGAACAGAACCAGGCAAACAUUGAAGAAGCUAAACAGAAAGAAUUAGAAUUUCAACAGAUGUUAGACCGACUUAAAAAAGAGCAAGAAGAAGCUGAGGCAAUCGCAGCAGCAGCAGCUGAAUAUACAAGUAUUAGGAGAAGCAGAAUUAUGGGCCUCUCAGAGAGUUCUUCUGAAACAUCCAAACUGAGCUCUAAAAGUGCUAAAGAAAGAAGAAACAGAAGAAAGAAAAAGAAUCAAAAGAAGCUCUCCAGUGGAGAAGAAAAGGGAGAUGCUGAGAAAUUGUCCAAAUCAGAUUCAGAGGAGAACAUCAGAAGAAAAAGUUUCCACCUUGGUGUGGAAGGGCAUAGGCGAGCACAUGAAAAGAGAUUGUCUACCCCCAAUCAGUCACCACUCAGCAUUCGUGGCUCCUUGUUUUCUGCAAGGCGAAGCAGCAGAACAAGUCUUUUUAGUUUCAAAGGCCGAGGAAGAGAUAUAGGAUCUGAGACCGAUUUUGCCGAUGAUGAGCACAGCAUUUUUGGAGACAAUGAGAGCAGAAGGGGCUCAUUGUUUGUGCCCCACAGACCCCAGGAGCGACGCAGCAGUAACAUCAGCCAAGCCAGUAGGUCCCCACCAAUGCUGCCGGUGAACGGGAAAAUGCACAGUGCUGUGGACUGCAACGGUGUGGUCUCCCUGGUUGAUGGACGCUCAGCCCUCAUGCUCCCCAAUGGACAGCUUCUGCCAGAGGUGAUAAUAGAUAAGGCAACUUCUGAUGACAGCGGCACAACCAAUCAAAUACACAAGAAAAGGCGUUGUAGUUCCUAUCUCCUUUCAGAGGAUAUGCUGAAUGAUCCUAACCUCAGACAGAGAGCAAUGAGUAGAGCAAGCAUAUUAACAAACACUGUGGAAGAACUUGAAGAGUCCAGACAAAAAUGUCCACCUUGGUGGUACAGAUUUGCACACAAAUUCUUGAUCUGGAAUUGCUCUCCAUAUUGGAUAAAAUUCAAAAAGUAUAUCUAUUUUAUUGUAAUGGAUCCUUUUGUAGAUCUUGCAAUUACCAUUUGCAUAGUUUUAAACACAUUAUUUAUGGCAAUGGAACAUCACCCAAUGACUGAGGAAUUCAAAAAUGUACUUGCUAUAGGAAAUUUGGUCUUCACUGGAAUCUUUGCAGCUGAAAUGGUAUUAAAACUGAUUGCCAUGGAUCCAUAUGAGUAUUUCCAAGUAGGCUGGAAUAUUUUUGACAGCCUUAUUGUGACUUUAAGUUUAGUGGAGCUCUUUCUGGCAGAUGUGGAAGGACUGUCAGUUCUGCGAUCAUUCAGACUGCUCCGAGUCUUCAAGUUGGCAAAAUCCUGGCCAACAUUGAACAUGCUGAUUAAGAUCAUUGGUAACUCGGUAGGGGCUCUAGGUAACCUUACCUUAGUGUUGGCCAUCAUCGUCUUCAUUUUUGCUGUGGUCGGCAUGCAGCUCUUUGGUAAGAGCUACAAAGAAUGUGUCUGCAAGAUCAAUGAUGACUGUACACUCCCACGGUGGCACAUGAACGACUUCUUCCACUCCUUCCUGAUUGUAUUCCGCGUGCUGUGUGGAGAGUGGAUAGAGACCAUGUGGGACUGUAUGGAGGUUGCUGGUCAAGCUAUGUGCCUUAUUGUUUACAUGAUGGUCAUGGUCAUUGGAAACCUGGUGGUCCUAAACCUAUUUCUGGCCUUAUUAUUGAGUUCAUUUAGUUCAGACAAUCUUACAGCAAUUGAAGAAGACCCUGAUGCAAACAACCUCCAGAUUGCAGUGACCAGAAUUAAAAAGGGAAUAAAUUAUGUGAAGCAAACCUUACGUGAAUUUAUUCUAAAAGCAUUUUCCAAAAAACCAAAGAUUUCCAGGGAGAUAAGACAAACAGAAGAUCUGAAUACUAAGAAGGAAAACUAUAUUUCUAACUAUACACUUGCUGAAAUGAGCAAAGGUCACAAUUUCCUCAAGGAAAAAGAUAAAAUCAGUGGUUUUGGAAGCAGCGUGGACAAAUACUUGAUGGAAGACAGUGAUGGUCAAUCUUUUAUUCACAAUCCCAGCCUCACAGUGACAGUGCCAAUUGCCCCUGGGGAAUCCGAUUUGGAAAAUAUGAAUGCUGAGGAACUUAGCAGCGAUUCAGAUAGUGAAUACAGCAAAGUGAGAUUAAACCAAUCAAGCUCCUCAGAGUGCAGCACAGUCGAUAACCCUUUGCCUGGAGAAGGAGAAGAAGCAGAAGCUGAACCUAUGAAUUCCGAUGAGCCAGAAGCCUGUUUCACAGAUGGUUGUGUCCGGAGGUUCUCAUGCUGCCAAGUUAACAUAGAGUCAGGGAAAGGAAAAAUCUGGUGGAACAUCAGGAAAACCUGCUACAAGAUUGUUGAACACAGUUGGUUUGAAAGCUUCAUUGUCCUCAUGAUCCUGCUCAGCAGUGGUGCCCUGGCUUUUGAAGAUAUAUAUAUUGAAAGGAAAAAGACCAUUAAGAUUAUCCUGGAGUAUGCAGACAAGAUCUUCACUUACAUCUUCAUUCUCGAAAUGCUUCUAAAGUGGAUAGCAUAUGGUUAUAAAACAUACUUCACCAAUGCCUGGUGUUGGCUGGAUUUCCUAAUUGUUGAUGUUUCUUUGGUUACUUUAGUGGCAAACACUCUUGGCUACUCAGAUCUUGGCCCCAUUAAAUCUCUUCGGACACUGAGAGCUUUAAGACCUCUAAGAGCCUUAUCUAGAUUUGAAGGAAUGAGGGUGGUUGUGAAUGCACUUAUAGGAGCAAUUCCUUCCAUCAUGAAUGUGCUACUUGUGUGUCUUAUAUUCUGGCUGAUAUUCAGCAUCAUGGGAGUAAAUUUGUUUGCUGGCAAGUUCUAUGAGUGUAUUAACACCACAGAUGGGUCACGGUUUCCUGCAAGUCAAGUUCCAAAUCGUUCUGAAUGUUUUGCCCUUAUGAAUGUUAGUCAAAAUGUGCGAUGGAAAAACCUGAAAGUGAACUUUGAUAAUGUCGGACUUGGUUACCUAUCUCUGCUUCAAGUUGCAACAUUUAAGGGAUGGACCAUUAUUAUGUAUGCAGCAGUGGAUUCCGUUAAUGUAGACAAGCAGCCCAAAUAUGAAUAUAACCUCUACAUGUAUAUUUAUUUUGUCAUCUUUAUCAUCUUUGGGUCAUUCUUCACUUUGAACUUGUUCAUUGGUGUCAUCAUAGAUAAUUUCAACCAACAGAAAAAGAAGCUUGGAGGUCAAGACAUCUUUAUGACAGAAGAACAGAAGAAAUACUAUAAUGCAAUGAAAAAGCUGGGGUCCAAGAAGCCACAAAAGCCAAUUCCUCGACCAAGGAACAAAAUCCAAGGAUGUAUAUUUGACCUAGUGACAAAUCAAGCAUUUGAUAUCAGUAUCAUGGUUCUUAUCUGUCUCAACAUGGUAACCAUGAUGGUAGAAAAGGAGGGUCAAAGUCCAUAUAUGACUGACGUUUUAUAUUGGAUAAAUGUGGUUUUUAUAAUCCUUUUCACUGGAGAAUGUGUGCUAAAACUGAUCUCCCUCAGAUACUACUACUUCACUGUAGGAUGGAAUAUUUUUGAUUUUGUGGUUGUGAUUAUCUCCAUUGUAGGUAUGUUUCUAGCUGAUUUGAUUGAAACAUAUUUUGUGUCCCCUACCCUGUUCCGAGUGAUCCGUCUUGCCAGGAUUGGCCGAAUCUUACGUCUAGUCAAAGGAGCAAAGGGGAUCCGCACACUGCUCUUUGCUUUGAUGAUGUCCCUUCCUGCAUUGUUUAACAUCGGCCUCUUGCUUUUCCUGGUCAUGUUCAUCUACGCCAUCUUUGGGAUGUCCAACUUUGCCUAUGUUAAAAAGGAAGAUGGAAUUAAUGACAUGUUCAAUUUUGAGACCUUUGGCAACAGUAUGAUUUGCCUGUUCCAAAUUACAACCUCUGCUGGCUGGGAUGGAUUGCUAGCGCCUAUUCUUAACAGUAAGCCACCCGACUGUGAUCCAAAAAAAGUUCAUCCUGGAAGUUCAGUUGAAGGAGACUGUGGUAACCCAUCUGUUGGAAUAUUCUACUUUGUCAGUUAUAUCAUCAUUUCCUUCCUGGUUGUGGUGAAUAUGUACAUUGCAGUCAUACUGGAGAAUUUUAGUGUUGCCACUGAAGAAAGUACUGAACCUCUGAGUGAGGAUGACUUUGAGAUGUUCUAUGAAGUUUGGGAGAAGUUUGAUCCAGAUGCAACUCAGUUUAUAGAAUAUAGCAAGCUCUCUGAUUUUGCAGCUGCCCUGGAUCCUCCUCUUCUCAUAGCAAAACCCAACAAAGUCCAGCUCAUUGCCAUGGAUCUGCCCAUGGUCAGUGGUGACCGAAUCCAUUGUCUUGACAUCUUAUUUGCUUUUACAAAGCGUGUUUUGGGUGAGAGUGGGGAGAUGGAUUCUCUUCGUUCACAGAUGGAAGAAAGGUUCAUGUCUGCAAAUCCUUCCAAAGUUUCCUAUGAACCCAUCACAACCACACUGAAACGGAAACAAGAGGAUGUGUCUGCUACUGUCAUUCAACGUGCUUAUAGACGUUACCGCUUAAGGCAAAAUGUCAAAAAUAUAUCAAGUAUAUACAUAAAAGAUGGAGACAGAGAUGAUGAUUUACUCAAUAAAAAAGAUAUGGUUUUUGAUAACGUUAAUGAGAACUCAAGUCCAGAAAAAACAGAUGCCACUUCAUCCACCACCUCUCCACCUUCAUAUGAUAGUGUAACAAAGCCAGACAAAGAGAAAUAUGAACAAGACAGAACAGAAAAGGAAGACAAAGGGAAAGACAGCAAGGAAAGCAAAAAAUAGAACUUCAUUUUUGAUAUAUUGUUUACAGCCUGUGAAAGUGAUUUAUUUGUGUUAAUAAAACUCUUUUGAGGAGGUCUAUGCCAAAAUCCUUUUUAUCACAAUACUCUCAAAGGCAGUGCAGUCACUAACCCUGAUUUCCUAAGAAAGGUGGGCAGCGUUAGCAGAUGGUUAUUUUUGCACUGAUGAUUCUGUAAGAAUCGUAAGAGAACUCUGUAGGAAUUAUUGAUUGUAGUAAACAAAGGUAAUUCAGUUUUUUGGUUUUUAAUAAAUCAGAAGACCACAUAGAAAACUUUUACAUCUGCCUUGUCAUCUUUUCACAGGAUUGUAAUUAUUCAUGUUUCUCAUGUAAAUAAACAACACACACACACACACAGAAAAAUCUAUUAUUUAUCUAUUAUUUGAAAAUCAACAAAAGUAUUUUGCCUUGGCUUUGCAAUGAGAUGCUUGAUAGAAGUAAUGAACAUUAGUAAUGAAUGUUUAGUUAAAAUGCAUUAUUAGGGAGCUUGACUUUUUAGCAAUGUACAGAGGUUAUUCUAUAUAUUGAGGUGCUUAAAUUUAUUCUACAUUGCAUUAGAACCAAUUUAUAUGUGCCUAUAAAAUGCCAUGGGAUUAAAAAUAUAUGUAGGCUAUUCGUUUCUACAAAUGCUUUUCAUUCAUCUUGACUCACAUGCCAACAAGCAUAAUACUUACCUUUAGAGUAUUGUGUUUCAUAGCGUUUCUUCUUUCAUAUCCCUCUUUGUUCUUAGAAUAACCACAGAACUUGAAAAAUUAUUCUAAGUACAUAUUACACUCCUCAAAAAAUAAAGAUAACUGAGGAAAAAAGUAAUUGACGGAAGUUCUAUUUGCUAUUACUUAUAUAGCCUAACAUUGGACUGUGCUGCCCAAAAUACUGAUAAUAGUCUCUUAAACUUUUGUCAAAUUUUCCUGCUUUCUCAUGCAGUAUUGUUUAGUCAUCCUUUAGCUGUAAGCAAAGUUGAUGAAAUCCUUCCUGUUAUGCAGUUAGUUGUUUGACCAUGGUAUAUGUUUGAGCAGAUAAUAACCUUGGCACAGUAUUGCAUCACUUGUAUACAAUCCUGUGUUUGGCAAGCUUUCAAGACAUAUAAUAUGACAGACUUUCAACACAGAUAUGUGUUUAGUAUGAAUAAAAAAGCAUUGAAAUAGGGAUUCUUGCCAACCUGCUCUCUUGCCACCAACUUACUUUCCUAAAUUAUGGAAGUAAUCUUUUAGAUCUAUAUAUUUCAAUGUAUACAAUGAGGAAGAUGUCACCUUCUCCUUAAAAUUCUAUUAUAUGAAAUAUAUUUUGCCUCAAUCAACACAGUACCAUGGGCUUCUAAUUUAUCAAGCACAUAUUCAUUUUGCAUUAGCUGUAUACAUCUAGUUUUUUGAAAACACCUAUUAAUAGUACUUUGAAAAGAAAUAACCAUAAUGCUUUUUUUCAUGAGUUUAUUUCAGGAAUAUGAGAUCUCUCUUCUAUAAAGUUAUUCAUGCACAGGCAAAAGUUGAGCUACACAGAUAGAACAUAGUUUUAUUUAGAAGAUUUUUGUGGGAGGUUUUGAAGUGAAUAUAUAAAACAUCUUUCACUAAUUUGCUUUUCAUAUUUAAAAAAUAAUAAAUUACAUUUAUAUAAUAAAUGUUUAAAGCACAUAUUUUUGUUGUUCUGAAAAUUUAAAAAGAAAGAGGAUUUAAAUGUACUUAUAGAAACGAACAGUUACGGUUAAAGAAUGAGACAGGAAGUCUAGAAUGUUUUUAAAUUGUGAUAUAUUUUACAACAUCCGUUAUGACUUUGAGACAUUUGUUCUAAUGUACGUAUAAAACUAUAUCUAGGGCUAAAGAUUCUUUAUACCAUCUUAGGUUCAUUCAUCUUAGGUUAUUUGAACCACUUUUUAAUUUAAUAUGAAAGACAGCAUGCAGUGUUUUCCGAGACUAUAUAGAUCAUUGCAUCCCAUACCUGCCAAGCCUGUUGGAAAUAGGUUUUGAUAAUUUAAGUAGGGACCUACACAAAACAUAUUACAUUCAUCAAAUUUUUUAAUACAUUCAAUUAAGGAUUUAACAUCACCUUAAAUCUGAAUUCAAUCUAUCAUUAUUUCAAACUCACAAAUUAACUGCAUUAUGAAUACUUACAUAAUAUAGUAUGAAAAGAUGUUUGACAGGUUUGUGUGUAAUUUUCUAUUAAUGUUUUUACAUUGCCUUGUUUUUAUGUAAAAUAAAAAAUAUGGGCAACUGGUUCAUUAACACAAUUUCUUCUUAGCAUUUCAAAAAUAUAUAUAAAGUUUUUCUUUUUCCUAUUUCAUGAACUAUGAUUUUUCUAAAAAAUAACAUGGUUAAGUUUUAUAUAGAUGUAUGUUUGUUUCAGAAAUAUCUACUUGUGACUUUUUAUCAAUUAAAUACAAUUAUUUGGAAGAAAGAGCCUAUUAAGUAUAAGUUGAAGUAAAAUUAGACUUCUCUUUCCGUGUGGAUUACUGUUUGUACUGAUUGUAUCACCCUUCAGAAGGCACUGUCAUAUUAAUAUUUAAAUUUUAUAAUCACUGAACUUAUUACACCCAAUAAUACAGAAUGGCAGUUACACUGAAGAAUUUAAUUUAGAAUAAAAUGGAAGCAAACAGGUUUUCUAAAAAAUUUUUUUAACUGACCAGGUCUCGCUCUGUCACCCAGGCUAGAGUGCAGUUGCACAAUCAUGGCUCUCUGCAGUCUCAACUCUGGGCUCAAGCAACCCUCCUGCCUCAGCCUCCCAAGUAGCUAGGACUACAGGUACAUGCCACCAUGCCCAGCUAAUAUUUAAAUUUUUGUAGAUAAGGGGUCUUGCUAUGUUGCCCCAGGCUAGUCUCAAAUUCCUGGCUUCAAGUGGUCCUACUGCAAUGACCUGCCAACAUGCUGGGAUUAUAGGCAUAAGCCACCAUGCCCCAAACAGGUUUGAACACAAAUCUUUUGAAUGAAAAUUAGAGAAUCUAAUUUUAGCAUUUUGAUAGUUACCUAGUUUGCAAAAGAUUUGGGUGACUUGUGAGCUGUUUUUAAAUGCUGAUUGUUGAACAUCACAGAUAUUUAGCAUGAUUUUAUAGAAUUUUGAUAGCUUUAUUAAAAAGAGUGAAAAUAAAAUGCAUACAUAAAUAAAGCAGUUCUAAAUAGCUAUUUCAGAGAAAUGUUAAUAGAAGUACUGAGAGAAGGGCCAACUAAAUUAGGAUGGCCAGGGAAUUGGCCUGGGUUUAGGACCUAUGUAUAAAGGCCUCCAGUUUUUAAAAAAUAUCUGUGGUUUAUUAUGUUAUUAUCUUCCUGAGGAAAACAAUCAAGAAUUGCUUCAUGAAAAUAAAUAAAUAGCCAAGAAUAUAAUAAAGCUGUUUACAUAGGAUUCUUUACAAAUUUCGUAGAUCUAUGAAUGCUCAAAAUGUUUGAGUUUGUCAUAAAUUAUAUUGUAGUUAUACUUGAGACUGAUACAUUGUAAUAUAAUCUAAGAAUAAAAGUUAUACAAAAUAAAA